CCAGUUUCUCGGGCCUUCGGGGAACAGUCGCCACUUCCACCACUUUCUCCUCCUGGAUGGAUCAUUCUAUGCCGUCCUGCAAACGUUAUGUAUGGGAGUGGACUAACCCAGACCAGUCUAAGUCGACCCCGACUUCUUGGCAGUUCCGAUCGACGCACGAUGACUCUGUUUAGGUUAUCAACCUUUCUGUUUGUACCUGCACUGCCAGCUCCUCUCGCCAACAUCUUACGCCCGCAUCUCUUAUUAAUACCCUCACCAUGGCACCCCGCAACGCCUACUUCGUGGAAUUCCAGCGCAACGUCUUCAAACACCUCUCGACAAUCCCUCCCGGCAGCGUCACCUCCAUAACCUCCCUGGCAAGGUUUAUGUCAACGCCCGAGAUCAUAGUCGAGCGGGCGCUGAACAAUGCAGUCUUGUCGAGUACGAACCCGCUCCACCGGAUCUUGAAGGCAGGAAGGAGACCGGAUGAACUCAGGAUCAGACAGACCAGCCAUAAGCAGUUGCUACUUGACGAAGGCGUGCAGGUGGGGUAUUAUGGCGAGGUGCAGAAGAAGGGGGUGAUGUGGCAGGGGUGGGGAGGGAAGGAGACGACGAAAGACGAUGAGGCGAUUUGA